AAAAAAUGUCUGGCGCACAUCAAAGGAUAUAUAAACCAGCUGUUCAUGACCAUCAUACCCAACGCCACCGCUCCCCCGCAGUCGAGAUGACCUCCGCCGCACCUCCGCCGUCUUCCGGCCGCUCUGUUUUCCUCGGCGUGGACGUCGGCACCGGAAGCGCUCGUGCAGGUUUAUUUGACAAUGAUGGACGACUUUUAGGUUGUUCUAGUAGUCCUAUACAGAUUUGGAAAGAAGGUGACUGUGUUGAGCAAUCUUCGACCGAUAUAUGGCUUGCUAUUUGCACAGCUGUCAAAGCAGCGUGUGCUCUUGCAAAUGUUUCUGGAAGUGAAGUUACAAGUUUGGGUUUUGCAGCUACUUGUUCUCUGGUUGCUGUUGAUUAUGAUGGAGAGCCCGUGACAGUAUCGUGGAGUGGCGACACGAGGAGAAAUAUUAUAGUGUGGAUGGACCACAGAGCUGUAGAACAAGCGGAGAGAAUUAAUUCUUCCAAAUCGCCAGUUUUGGAAUAUUGUGGUGGGGCCGUGUCCCCUGAGAUGGAGCCACCCAAGCUUCUGUGGGUCAAAGAGAAUUUACAAGAGUCCUGGUCGAUGGCAUUUAGGUGGAUGGAUCUCAGUGACUGGUUAUCAUAUAGAGCAACUGGAGAUGAUACUCGGAGUCUGUGCACAACAGUCUGCAAGUGGACUUAUUUAGGUCAUGCGCACAUGCAACAGGUCAACGAGACAGAUUCUCGUGACAUGGAAGCUCUCGGUUGGGAUGAUGAGUUCUGGGAGGAGAUCGGUUUAGGUGAUCUUGUGGAUAGCCAUCAUUCAAAGAUUGGACGAAGUGUAGCUUUUCCUGGGUACGCUUUGGGUUCUGGUCUGGUGGCUGGGACACCUGUCGGGACAUCCUUAAUCGAUGCUCAUGCAGGUGGGAUAGGUGUGAUGGAAAGUGUGCCUGUGACAGAUAGAGAGAUAAAAGAAAAUGACGGGGAAGAAAUAUGUCAUCGAAUGGUAUUAGUAUGUGGAACUUCCACUUGUCACAUGGCUAUUUCCAAGACCAAAUUGUUCAUUCCAGGCGUAUGGGGACCAUUCUGGUCAGCUAUGGUACCUCAGUAUUGGCUGACAGAAGGAGGUCAGAGUGCAACUGGGGCACUACUCGAUUACAUAAUAGAGAAUCAUCUUCUGAAUGAGAUAUUGGAAUCAAUGAAGAAAGAAUCAGGAAGUCCGUUUAUUGCUUCUUUGACUGCUGAUAUUCAUGUCCUUCCCGAUUUUCAUGGAAACAGAUCUCCCAUUGCAGACCCAAUAUCGAAAGGGGUGAUAAGUGGCUUAACUCUUGAUGCAAGCGAAAAACAGCUGGCGCUUUUGUACCUUGCCACAUUACAGGGUAUAGCGUACGGGACGAGGCAUAUUGUCGAGCAUUGCAAUGCCCACGGACACAAA